CAGAUUUCAAAGAAGAAAAAAGGCUCUUCAGUCUUCUCUACUCUACCGGGGAAGGAAGAGAUCGCAUUUACCGAUCUGCAGCUGGAGAAAAUGCAUAUCAGCGAGAAUGAGGGAAUAGAGAAGAAAACGUUCGUGGUGACCGGCGGGCUGGGCUUCGUCGGCGCCGCCCUCUGCGUUGAGUUGGUCAGAAGAGGUGCCCGUCUCGUCAAGGCUUUUGAUCUUCGUACCCAAUCCCCUUGGUCCGAUCACCUCCGCAGCUUAGGCGUUCUCUGCAUCCAAGGAGAUGUUACAAACAAAAAAGAUGUUGACGGUGCAUUGCGUGGCGCUGAUUGUGUUUUCCAUCUUGCUUCGUAUGGCAUGUCUGGGAAGGAAAUGAUGCAAUAUGGCCGCGUGGAUGAGGUUAAUAUAAAUGGAACAUGUCACAUACUAGAUGCUUGUGUUGAACAUCAUAUCGGCAGGCUAGUCUAUGUGAGUACAUAUAAUGUUGUCUUUGGUGGAAAGGAGAUUGUUAAUGGAAAUGAGAGACUGCCUUACUUUCCCAUGGAUGAUCAUGUCGAUCCUUAUGGACGCAGUAAAGCACUUGCCGAACAAUUAGUUCUCAAGAACAACGGACGCCAUUUCAGUAAAGAGCGUCGGAAAUGUCUGUACACAUGCGCAAUUCGUCCUGCCGCUAUCUAUGGACCUGGUGAAGAAAGGCACCUACCGAGGAUUAUUGGUUUUGCAAAAUUGGGCCUACUCCCUUUUAAGAUAGGUUCAGAAAAUGUGAAAACAGAUUGGGUUUAUGUGGAUAACCUUGUGUUGGCUCUUCUAUUGGCUAGUAUUGGACUUUUGGAUGACAUCCCUGGCAAAGAGGGGACACCAGUUGCUUCUGGUCAAGCUUACUUCAUAUCAGAUGGGUCUCCUAUUAACAGUUUCGAGUUUCUUCGCCCUCUGUUGAAAAGCCUGGGGUAUGAACUGCCAACGAUGUCACUGGCUGUCCCUCGAGCUCUUCUUCUCGGGAACUUUUUUUGGGCUUUGUACUCCAUCAUGCACCCUUGGCUAAAUCAGAGAUGGCUUCCUCAACCCUUCAUACUUCCUGCCGAGGUUAACAAGGUUGGUGUGACACAUUACUUUUCCUAUUUGAAAGCCAGAGAGGAGCUCGGAUACACCCCAAUGGUGACCCCUAAGGAGGGCAUGGCUGCCACAAUCUCAUAUUGGAAAGAGAGGAAGAGAAGAAGCUUAGAUGGGCCAACCCUUCUUGCAUGGGUGCUUGUAUUGGGGGGAAUGAUUGCUCUAUUUGGUGCUGCUUACCUGCCAGACUUUGGGCCCAUUCCACUGGUAAGAGGGAUUGGACUAUUCGUGUUUCGCUCUGUGGGGGCACUACGGCUGUUGUUUGUUGUAGCCGUAGCAUUACACCUUGGCGAGGCUGUAUAUGCCUGGCAUCUUGCAAAGCAAGUGGAUGCUGCAAAUUCGUGUGGUUGGUUCUGGCAGACCUUUGCUUUGGGAUUUCCCUCUUUACGUUUGUUGCUGAAGAGAGCCAAAGAGUGAGCAGACAUGCAUACGAAGAAAUGAGUAGUGUAACAUUGUGUGUGUAAUUUGUCUCCCUUGUAACGAACAAAUGUAUGCUUUUUUUUUUCUUAGGUCGGAUUCAACAGCUCGGAAGGGAGACCCAUUGCUGAAAAAUAACACUCAAUGUAGUAAUUGCUUAUGAUAUUUUUGGGAUUUCUUGGGUAUAGUGAAAUAAUGUUGACUCUUUAUU